AUGCUCUACUACUGCCACUCUGAGGGCUGUGGUAUUGCUCUGGAACCAAAGCUGGUGCUCCUUGCUACAGGCUCCGACAAGGCAAAAGCCAACAAUGUCAAGGAGCGCAAGGAGUGGGAUGCCAAGGACCUCCAAGCAAGGGAGAAAAUUGACACAAGUGUCCAGGAGUGUUUCAACAAUGAGGUCAGCAAGGUCAAGGAUCUUUCCCUUGUUAACCUCUACAAUGCAAUCUUGCAUCAUCAGGUGCAACUCGCCAACAUGCACAAGGGUCCAGGACUAUUGUCCAAGGCCCAGGAGAAGCAGCAUGACCCAGAAAAACACCCUUUCCAGGGGCCAGUUGCCUCUACACAACCUACACAGGGGGUACAGGAGCCUCUGACUCCUCAACCUCCUCACUGA